ACAAAUCUCUGUGAUAUGAAAUCCGUGACUGCGAUGUGCGAUCAAGGCUGUGUCAGUGGAAUUUUGUAGUGAUGUGGAACUUUGUUUUAGUGAAAAUAUGACGAAAAUAUAUUUAUUAACGAAUAUUGUUAUAGUAUCAGCAAUAAUUGCUAUUUUUGCAAUAACACGGUGCGAUGGGGUUAUUUCGGAUAAACGGUUAUGUUACGAUGAGAAGUGCAAUGAACCUGUCUCGUUGGCCCGAACUUUGCUUCGUUACAAUGGCAUCGAACCGUUGAUGCUUUCUUUCCCUCCCAAUGUAGAGGUCAGAAUCUACAGUAAAGAAGCUGGAAGUCGACUAGACUUGUGGGGUGCCGAGGUACACGGCAAGCGUGGUUACUUACCAAAACACAUGGUAAGGGAACAGAAAAUUUUGAAAACCAAUUUGACUUAUGAAGUGCCUACCGAACUCUUUCAACAAGAAGUUAGUGCAACUGAUCAAACUAAAGUAGAUGUUCUGCAACAAGAAGUUGGUACCGAUAGCCAAUCUCAAGGACAUGUUCCACAGCAAGAAGUUACUACGACUGAUGAAACUAAAGUAGAUGUUUCGCAACAACAAGUUAGUAUCAAUGAUCAAUUUGAAGGAAAUGUUCAACAACAAGAAGUUGGUAGCAAUGAUCAAUUUCAAGGAAAUGUUGCACAGCAAGAAAUUAUUCCGACUGAUGAAACUAAACUAGAUGUUCCACAACAAGAACUUAGUACCAAUGAACAAUUUCAAGAAUCAGUUUCACAACAAGAAGUUGAUACAAAUCAUGAUACCGAAAUAAAUGUUCCAAGUCAACCAGAAAUUCAAAAGGAUUCCGAAAAGGUUGAUUUUCAAACAAAUGGUCCUGCAGAUGAAUUGCAAGUCUCAAAGAAUGUUGAAAAUGUAGAAAUUGAAGCAAAUGGGGCUGUGAAUAAAUUAGAAACCUCAAAUGAUGCAGAAGAUGUAAAAUUUCUGGAAAGUCACGAAGAGUAUACUCCCACGGCUGAUUUUUCUCAAGCACUUGGAGUAAAAGCUCAUCAAGAAAAUUCAGAACAAGUGUUACAGGAUAUACAAAGUGCAACUCCAUCGUAUGAGGUUAUAGAUGGAACUAGAAUUCCGUUUAUAGCUGACCCAGUAUUAAUCAAACCCAGCUAUGUAGCAGAUCAAGGACCAAUUCUCAGUGUUCAUCCAAAUCCUUCAAUUGGCCAUCCUUUGACAUCCAGUCUGCCCGAUAGCCAAGAAACAGUUGAAGAGCAUUCAGGCGUAAACGAAAAUCUUGCAACAGAAAAUCAAAUUGGUGAAUCUGGUUCAAUGAACGAAUUUAUACCAACACAGGGAAAUGCAGAUAAUGCUGCAAAUCAACUGAAUGUCAACAAGGAAAGUAAAGCUGGAGAUGGUUCAGAGAUAAAAUUUCCGACUGAUGAAAUUUUCAGCGAUAAUAAUGAUACACCAAAGAAUACUGGGACAAUGGAAAAUCGUGUUGAUAAUUCUGAAAUGAAUGGCAAUGAAGGGAAAUUACUUCACUCUGAUACAGCUGCUGGCAGCUUUGUUAAUGAUCCACAAGGAAGUAAUCCUGGUGCAGAGGAAGAUAUUCCUGAUAAUAUAGUUAACAAUAAUUUUACACCAAAUGCAGUACCUUCACUGGAAACCGAUGAAGGUCUGCAUCUUAAAACUAUACAUCACAGCGAUGUGAUUGCGCCGGAAGUGAAUUUGGAAAGUAGUGGCAGUUAUCAAAGAGAAGCAGGAUUUCAUAACAGCACAUCUGACAUUGCGGUAGAUACAACUGUACUUGAUGGAAAUUUCUCAGAACAAGAUUCUCAAGAUUCAAAAGCACAAACGGAAUAUUUGUUAGACAGAAGUAUUAAUUUCAACAACCACGAAAUGGAUGGGCUUGGCAAUGUUGGGAAAACAAAUUUCGCAGGAAACCCUGAAAUUUCACCGAGUAACCAAAUAGAAAAACAAGAUGAUAAUCAAGUACCUUUUUACGCAAUGAGUGAUGUCGAAAAUUCCACUAGUCACAAUGCUAGUGAUGAUGAAGUCAAAACUGUAAUUGAAGACGAUUCACAGAAUAAUUUACAAGAAGUAGUAACAGAAAGCGCUGAUCAAGUGGAUGACCGCAACUUUGGCCAUCUAGAGGUAGUUACAGAGCCAUAUUCAAAUUUGGAAGAAGAAAAAUCAACAACCACCAGAAAUCUGUUAAUUCUUGAAGAUAACUCUCAGCAUGCCAAUGAUCAAUCAACCAUUGGUGGCUUGGACAUGAAUAAACCUGAUACCUUUGCAUCUCAAACACCGCAAGAAAACGAACAUGAGAUAUACCAUGAAACCGAUCUCUUAAUAGAAUCUACAGAAGAAGGUAUUUGGGCACAAUUUAGCAAAAUUCUACUAUUUGCUGGACAGUCCAGUAAUGCAGUGGCAUCACCUGAAGUGUGUGAUAUUAAUUCCAACUGUCCUGAUUUAGAUAAUGAUGAAUCUUUUUCGAACUCGGAACAAGCUGCAGAAGACGAAGAUGUGGGAUCUGUCUAUGAUCAACAUAAUUACUUAGAGACACUUAUGUAUCUUGGUUUAACAGCUUUCACAACAUUGUUAUUUUCGCUCGGCUAUUAUUAUAUUGAGAACCAGAGACGUGAUAAAGAGCUUGUAGCUAAAAUCAAUACAUUUGAAAAGGAAUUGCUAGUCAUAACAAAAGAAAACAUGAUACUGGGUGAAGACUUGAAAACUACCAAAAACAAGUUGAAUUCCAUCGAAGAUGAAUCCUUUGGAUCUAAUGAAAUGGUGCUUUCGUUAAAAUCAGAGCUGGAAAUGGCACAGGUCACCAAAGGAGAAUUGGAGGACCAAAUUAUUACAUUGGAAAAGGAAUUAGAGAGUGCUACAGAAGCAGGUUUGGAACUAGAGCGUAUGUUACGCGAGUUUCUAGCAUCACAGAGUGAUGAUAAUCCACUGGCUCAAUCAGUGGAAGAUUUGCAAACUCGGUUAAAUGCUCAACAAGCUACAAAUGAAUCAUUGACCAACAGCCUCAAUCUCAAAUCCCAAGAGCUCGAGUUCACCAGACUUGAGAAUGAAGUCCUAACUGCCGAGCUUGCCGUUACUCAAGAGAAGUACCAACAACUUGAGGUAGAAGUUACACAACUCACAGGAGAGUUAAAAGUUCAGAGAAACUUGAAAAAGAAUCUUGAAGAAGAUUUGACAAAUAAAAUUAUGCAGCUGAAUGAGCGAGUUGAUAAGCUUUCUGAAGAACGAGCCACUUUGAUCAAUCAGUUGACUUUGAAGGAAGUGGCAUUGAAUGAUCUCGCAGAAGUAAUGAAACAAAGUAACGAUAAAUUGGAUUUCAAGAAACUUUAUGACAUAUCCCACAUCAAGGCUGAUGCACAAGUCAUCACUAAAGAGAGAGAUGAGCUUAAAAUUAAACUAACCGAAGUGGAAGGAGCUCACCAGCUACUGGAGGAACACACGAAGCUAAUUAAAGAGGAAAUUGCUUCAGUUACGGAACAAUAUGAAUUGGCCGAACGUGAUAAAAUAGAAGCGCAAACCCGACUUGAAGUGCUUUCAAAUUACUUUAAAGAAAAAGAAAGUCAAUUGCAAAAAGAACUUGGCAUGCAGGAAGCAAUGUGGGUGCAGAAGCAAGGUGAGGUAACUUCGACUGUUGACAGGAUACAAACGAUGCAGAAUGAAAUUCAGAAUUAUAGGCAACAAAUUGAGACCUUGAAGAGGGAAAUACUAGAUCAAGAACGGGAAUAUAAGAGUCAGAUUUCAGCCUUGGAAACAAAAUCGCAUGAACAAUGGGUAAUCGCUCGACAAAGUGAACGACGCUUGGAAGAAUCGAAGGCUGAAGCCAGCCAAUUACGAAAUCGACUGACCCUGGUGGAGAAAAGUAUAAAUGAAGUAGAUGCCGAUUCAAAAUUACAUCGCAUGGAGACGAAUGGAGAGACAGCAUCAUCCCCUCAAUUAUUUUUGGGAGCAGAGACAUCAAAUUCUCCUGUAUUGUUUACUGGUUCCUCAGGUAUUCCUCCCCCUAUACCCCCAUUUCCACCGUACCCUCCGUAUCCCGUUAUACCGGGACCGCCACAUUCUGGAGGGGGACCAAUGUACGAUAUUAGUAGGAGGCCUCCACCAUUAGGAGGACGUCUGUCUUCACCACCCCCAAUACCUCUUCCUCAUCCACCUGGUAGAUAUGAAGAUGCCAGUUCUCCACCACCACCGCUUUCACCUCCGUUACAUCCCUCUUACAACCAUCGAUCACCGCCACCAUUUAGCAACGAACAUGCCCAUAUGUAUCAUCAUGGUCCGCCUCCUCCAUUUUUGCCACCUUUGGGAACUUUGCAUUCAUGGGGGGAUGAUAUAUUACCACCCACACGAAAUCCGGUUUUCCAUCCCCAUCAACGUGAGCAGCGUGUACGGAACCACAAAGGACGCAAGCGCUUCUCUAAAGUAAGGCAGUUUUGGAGUACAAUGGAAGGAAAUAAUUCAAAAUAGAAUCUGUGGUUCGUUACAUUCUUCUGGAGACUCCCUGGACAAAUCAAAUCAUACUGGAAAAGCCUAAGCCUUUUGUCUUAUCUGGAACCAGAAAUACGUUUAAUAUUUCAUUCCAUAGAUUUCUUCCCGUUUAAUAAAAUGAUGCUAGUUCAAAUUUGAAUUAUGCAUUAUCAAUACUUUGAAGAACUUAUCCGUAAUUUGGAUGUGGCUAUGUUCGAAAAUUUUCGUCUGAGUAUGAUGAAAUUCGACUGUAGCAAAUUCGUACUUGCUGAUGUGUAGAUACCAAAUCACUUCAUGUAAGAGUUUUUGUGGAAAUACUAAAUAGCUUACACUACAUGGUUUCAGAAAAUGUUAUAGUCGAACGUUUCAAAGGAAAGCAGAUAUACAUAUUUAUAUAUAUGCGUAGAGAUAUGAACAUUUGUAUAAAAAUAAAAUGUGAUUAUUGAAAUCAUGUUGAAAAAAAUUUGUAAUAUUUAGUAUAACAAUCACACUGUAAAAUGUAUAUUUAUGAUUUUAAAGAAUCAAAAUAAAUUGUAAUUUAUUAUUAUUCGCGAGUUAUGGCUUCGAAUUUGACUGAAAUCCGGGAGAAUUAUGCUCAUAACAAGAUCAUUUAUUAAAUGCAUUUUUUAAAUUUACCGUCAAUAUUUUACAAAUUAACAUGUGGAUUUAAUUUGCCUAGUCGAGUUUAAAUCUAUAAAAAAUAAUUUCGUGAAAGUUACUGUUACAUCUCUAUAAAACUUCAAUCUUGAUCGUCUAUUGCAGAAAAACAAGUUUGUCAAUUCCAAGUUUGAGUAAAAUAAGUAAUAGCUGCUGAGUGAAAUUACUACAGUACUGAGGAAUGUCAUAAAGUGCGUUAACUUUAUACAUAAUGUAGUAUUUUAAUUUUAUUUUUCUAUCAACCUUUGCCUAAACGACUUUAUACUUUAUACAAAUAUAACCAGCCUAUUCAUUUGCGUAAACCACAAUUUAGUGAUACAAUAGUAUAAGUUGCCAAUAUCAGAAUUGCAGUUACGCAGUUUGCGAAAUGAUGGCCCACUUCAUUCCUUACAUUGAUAUUGUAAAAGCCAAGAUCGAUUGUGUUGACGUAUGAAAUUGUACUGCCACUCCUUUAGAAUAUACAUAUAAGGCACCCAGUUAGGCAAGAAUAGAUACUAUUUUGUGUGUAAUAUUUUGUUGCGAUUAACUGUUGCUACUUGUUAUAUCCAUAAUGGGACACAUGACUCGCAAGUAAUCGUAUACGAAUUGUGGUUAAGUGUCAAGGGCAGUCUUAUGACUAUACCAGUUCACACAAUUGAUCAAGGCCUCAAUAACUUGUAUUCCACUGUACACAAUGAUUAGGUGGAGAUGCAUAAAAAUUCAAUUGAUGGAUUGGCCGUGUUAAGCGACAUUGAUUCAAAAUUAAUGUAGAUAAAUCGAUAUUGCGAAAAUAUUUCAGCAUUAGAAGCUCGAAUAUUCUUACUAGGUGAUUACGGUAAAACUUUAAUAUUAUCAACUAAACCGUACAAAUAUAAUUUUUCUAAGAUAAUACAAUUCAAUUAACUAUCAUGUGAUUAUUUAAUUGAAUAUUGUCGUAAUUAUCACUAUGUACGGUAUAGUUUGAUAAUAUACAUAUGAAUGCAAAUACUCUGUUAUAUUUAUAAAAUAUUAAAAAUAGCUAAUUUCCCGUAAUCGGAACAGUUGUGAAUAUACAAUUUCGAUGCUUAUGGUACAAUAUCCACACUGAACCUA